CGGUCUCUCACACUCCGGGGUGCGAUGCCAUUCCUCCCGCAGGAACCUGAGCGCCUCGAUGGGUUGUCUCUACUUUACUGCAGGGCUCUGAGGACACGCAGAGGCUUUGCCCGAGGCACCAUGUUGAGAUGUUUUUGAGCCCAUCAGCUUUCUGUUUGCCUCCAGGACGAUCAUGGGCCCCCAUGGCAUCAACCGAGCUGUCCAGAGGCUGGAGUUCUCCGACUGCAAGAAAGGACUCGGGGUGAAAAUAAUCGGAGGCUACAGGGAGCUGACAGGUGAAGACUUCGGGAUCUACAUCAAGCGUGUGAUCGCUGGCGGCCUGGCUGCUCUGGACGGUCGGCUUAAGUCAGGUGACCUGAUUCUUGAUGUCAAUAACAUCAGCCUGAUUGGAGUGACCAAUGAGAGGGCGGUGGAGAUUCUGAGGAGCGCCUCGCUCUCCAAUCACAUGUCGCUGCUUGUCGCUAGAGAUGACGAAUCCAGGAGGGAGUUUGCUGAGCUGAUGGAGAAGUACGGCUCCAAUAACGUCACGGCGUCGGGAAGAAUCUCUCCAACGCAGCUGUCCACGGGGAAGCUGACGGACACGGCGUCCUCCUCCUCUUCCUCCCGGUCGGAGAGCCCACAGCUGCUCAGUCCUAAAGAAGGAAUCACCGCCUACAGCCACGCUCCGCAGUACACCACCACCCCGGCCUACACCGUGCACACUGCGGCACACGCCUUCAGUGACAGCGUCAUUCAGUUGAUAUGUGUCGCCAAGGGAACAGGCCUGGGACUCGUCGUCAAGGGAGGGGCCAACCGAGCUGAGGGACCAAUGGUGUUCAUUCAAGACAUAGUGCCUGGAGGAGACUGCCAGAAGGACGGCCGGUUGCAGGUGGGAGACCAGCUGGUGUCCAUCAACAAGGAGUCUCUGAUCGGAGUGACGAACGAGGAAGCCCGCAGCAUCCUGACGCGCACCAAACUCAGACCGGACCCCACGGUAGAGAUUGCUUUCAUCAGGCGGAGGUCGUCGUCCAGCUCCAGCAGCGGCUCCCACAGCCCCGUCUGUCUGCAGGGGUGUGGCGUCGGAGCCGGACCCCAGACGAAGGCCCUCGGGUCGGGCUCCACGGCCCCGCAGCAAACCAUGGUGACCAAGAUCACUUCCAGCAGGAACCCUGCCUGUGAGACGCUGCCGCCGGUCAACGUCACGCAGGUGCAAGUCUCUCCAGGCAGAACGGAGCAGACGGGAAUCUCCUCAGCGCCGCGGAGUGACAGCAGCAACCACACAAACCCUGAUUCUGGGAGCAGUCAGCCACCUCAGAGGAAAUGUUCGCUCAGUUCCAGCUGUCGAUUCAAACUGGAACGACUGGAGCAGGCGCUGGAUCUAAUUGGUCUGAAGCCCACAGAUGCUCAGCGGCAGGUUCUUAGGUCCAGACUACGAGCCGAUCCGACUGGAACAGUGGCCUUCACAGACUUCGAGGGCCUGAUUCGGGAACUGUUCAAGCCUCAGCUGGAGGAACUGUUCGGCACCCAGUCCAGCUCCAGGUUCACGUCAGACGACUUCUCCAGCCUGCUGGAGUCUCCCACCAACCCACCGCCGUCGCUGUCAGACUCGGACGACCUGGAGGAGAUGGAGAAGUUGAGGAAGGAGCACAUUGAGGCGCUGAAGGAGAUCAAGACACUGCAGGAGCAGCUUGUCGAGUCUCAGAGAGUUCACCAUGAGCUGGAGGACGAGCUCAACAAGGCCAAGCAGGAAGCGAAAGUCGGAGCAGAGGAGAGUCGGACUCUGAGGACCCGGAUCCAGCUGGUCGAGGAGGCCCAGAAGCAGGCCAGAGGGAUGGAGAUGGACUAUGAGGAGGUCAUCCACCUGCUGGAGGCUGAAAUCGCCGAGCUGAAGACUCAAAGGGUGGAGCAUCCAGCAAUGACCAAGAAGGAGGAAGUAGACGAACUGAAGAAGAAGGUGGCUAUUCUGGAGUGUCAACUAAGGAAGAGUGAAACGGCCAAAAAGGGUUUUGAGAUGUCAACGGGAAAGCUACUAAGUUUUGUGGAGAGCGUUCAGGACUUUUUGCUGGAAAGUCACGGACCCACAAAGAGCUACAGCUCCGGGGACGUCAAAGCCGGCUCGUCGUCCCACGGCGUCCCCCCUCGCUACAGGAAAAGCCCGUGGACCGCCGCCACGCUCGCCCAGGAGGCGAAAGAGCUCACGCGGUCCGUCAGAGCCGUCCUGGAGGUGGACUUGCUGACCUUCUAGAGGAGCACCUCCUGCAGGACACCAGACGUCGGGAGCCUCGUUCUCUCCUCGCUGCCACUCCUCACCUCCUCACCUUCUGCUACUGGAAUUCCAUGCAGCAAACCUGCAUGGCACAUGCUAGUCUGCAGCUGCGUUUCUGCAUAUCAACAUUUUAACCAACAAACAAAACAGAACAGAACAAAAAAAGCUGCGCAAGAACAUUCUUGCAGAAACCCCCCCCCCCAAAAAACCU